AUGAAUCUAGAUCUCAUCCAUUUUUUAAUUGAGAACCAUGUUGAAUUGUGCAAAGUUCCUGUAUCCGGUAACAUAAGAGAUAUAUUCUCAUUGUAUUUGAUGAGCAGAGAUAGAGUAGUAGAUAUGGACUCUGAUGCACUCGUCCAAGUUAUGACAUAUAACGAUUUCAUUAAUGAGUUGAAAGAUGUGGAAAUUAUUGUUCCUGGUUCGAUAAUAUUUAAAAAUGAGAACGCCCCAAGCCCCCAUGAGUUUGAUACAAUUACGUUCAUUGACGUUGUACCGUUAAAGAUCCUUUAUUAUAUGCAUUUUGAAAGAAAAGAUAAAAACUCUGAUUCGUUUGACAGUCGAAAGAGUUCAGAAUUAAAAACUCAACCACCACUUCCAACACCGAUAUCGUCACCACAACCCUUCGAUAAAUUCAUGGACUUAUUGGAUAUGGAAAAAAUGGAUGAUAUGAAAACGAUUAGAAACAAUCCAUUAAAUAAAGUCUUAUUAACGAAAUUGAAUAAUAUUCUCGAAACUGAACCACAAUCAUAUCAAUUAGGUAGAGAAAGAGCCAAAGAAUCUACUCCAAUAACUAAUUAUAUCCCGUCAUGUAUGAAUCACGAACAUUCCUCCAUAUUAUCAUCAACAGUGUAUAUAGUUAACAAUAAAAUCAUUUCCAUGCAAUGGUCCAAAUUAUCGAAAUAUGAAAUUGAAAAUCCCGAAUUCGUUGAAUGUUUGCAAAAUAAUAUUCAUUAUGUUCCAAAUUUAAAACCACAAACUGAUCUGUCAUUGGGUGAUUGUUCAUAUUUGGAUACUUGUCAUAAAUUGAAUUCUUGUAGAUAUCUGCAUUAUUUACAAUAUAUCCCAGAAUCAUUAUUGACCAAAAUAUCCAAUGAAACAAAGAAAAAAAAUGAUGAAAUUGAACAGAAUGGUUACAAAAUUCCAUUCUAUUCCCACGGGAAUUGUUCAUCAGUGGCUGUCAAGGAACAAUUACCACCGCAAUGGAUUAAAUGCGAUGUUAGGAAAUUUGAUUUUAACAUUAUUGGGAAAUUUUCAGUAGUAAUUGCCGAUCCUGCUUGGAAUAUUCAUAUGAACUUACCCUAUGGUACAUGCAAUGACAUUGAAUUGCUACAAUUGCCAUUAAAUCAUUUACAAAACGAUGGUGUCUUAUUCUUAUGGGUUACAGGUCGUGCCAUUGAAUUAGGGAAAGAAUCAUUAAUGAAUUGGGGGUACAAAGUUAUCAAUGAGAUUUCUUGGAUUAAAACAAAUCAAUUGGGGAGAACUAUCGUCACUGGAAGAACUGGUCACUGGUUAAAUCAUUCAAAGGAACAUUUACUGGUUGGAAUCAAAGGUGAUCCAAGAUGGGUCAAUAAACAUAUUGAUAUUGAUUUGGUAGUAUCUACAACCAGAGAAACCAGUAGAAAACCUGAUGAAUUAUAUGGAAUGAUAGAAAGAUUGGUAGGUCCACAUGCAAGAAAAUUGGAAAUAUUCGGUAGAGAUCAUAACAUCAGACCGGGUUGGUUAACUAUUGGGAACCAAUUGACAGGCACAUGUAUUCAUGAGAUGGAUGUGAAAACUAAAUAUGACAAAUUCAUUGCAAAUAACAAUAAAAACAAAGAAAACAGAUAUAGACUGCCAAACCAACAACAAAAGCAGAAUAAUAAUCAAAAUCAGAGUCUAAACAAGAUUCAGAGACAACCUGAUUUCAACAGAAAUAACCACAAAAGAUUCAAUAUGAGCUCCCAACCCCUACUCAGCCAGAACAAUAACGGUAUUAAUAUCAUGACCAACCGUAAUCAAAUAAAUAUAGCUGGGUCCAUUCCAUACUCUAUACAGGAAAGGACUGAAACAUCAACGCCUAUUCAGAACACAUAUUUUGCAUCAUCAACCGCAUCAUCAUCAUCAUAA